AUGCCUGGGUUGGUGCUCUUUGGCCGACGCUGGGCCAUCGCCAGUGACGACCUGGUCUUCCCAGGGUUCUUCGAGCUGUUCCUGCGAGUGCUGUGGUGGGUCGGCAUUCUGGCUUUGUACCUCAAGCACAGGGAGAAGCUGGACUGUGCCGGUGGAGCCCUGCUCAGCAGCUACUUGGUGGUCCUCAUCGUGCUCCUGGCGGUUAUUAUAUGUGCCGUGUCCGCCAUCGUGUGUGUCAGCAUGAAAGGAACCAUCUGUAACCCUGGGCCGCGGAAAUCUAUGGCGAAGCUGCUGUACCUCCGCCUAGCGCUCUUUUUGCCAGAGGUGGUCUGGGCAUCUCUGGGGGCCGCGUGGGUGGCAGACGGAGUGGCGUGUGACAGGACUGUUGUGAACGGCAUCAUCGCAGCCGUCAUCGUCAGUUGGAUCGUCAUUGCCGCCACUGUGGUUACCAUCAUCAUCGUCUUUGACCCACUGGGGGGCAGAACGGCUCCAUAUUCCCCUGCUGGUCCCGGGCACCUGGACACUCGUGAGUCCAGCCAGCUGCUCCAUGGCCUCAGGACCGCGGCCACCAGCGUGUGGGAGACCAGGAUCAAGCUGUUGUGCUGCUGCGUCGGGGACGACGACCACACUCGAGUUGCCUUUUCGAGUACGGCAGAGCUUUUCUCAGCCUACUUUUCAGACACCGAUCUGGUGCCCAGCGACAUCGCGGCGGGCCUCACCCUCCUCCAUCAGCAGCAGGACAGCAUCAGUAACAGGCAGGAGCCUGAGGAGGUGGUCAGCCAUGGCCUGGGGCCCUCCCAGGUGAGCNNNUUGGACACAGAGUUAGAAAAUUGUCACCAUUACAUGCAGUUUGCAGCCGCCGCCUACGGCUGGCCCCUGUAUGUCUAUAGAAACCCGCUGACGGGGCUCUGCAAGGUCGGCGGAGACUGCUGCAGAAGCAGAACCACCGAGUAUGAGCUGGUUGGAGGCGAUCAGCUCACCUGCCACUUUGGCUCCAUCCUGCAGACGACAGGGCUGCAGUACCGGGACUUCAUCCACAUAAGCUUCCACGACCAGGUGUACGAGCUCCCCUUUCUAGUGGCUCUGGACCACAGAAAGGAGUCUGUUGUGGUUGCCGUGAGAGGAACCAUGUCUCUCCAGGAUGUCCUCACUGACCUGUCUGCGGAGAGUGAGCCCCUCGACUUAGGGGCCGAGCUGCAAGACUGUGUGGCACAUAAGGGCAUCGCUCAAGCCGCCCGCUAUGUUUACCGACGACUCCUCAACGACGGGAUUCUGAGCCAAGCGUUCAGCGUUGCUCCUGAGUACCGGCUGGUCCUGGUGGGGCACAGUCUGGGGGCCGGCGCCGCAGCCCUGCUGGCCCUCAUGCUGAGGGGCGCCUACCCACACGUCAGGUGCUACGCCUUUUCACCUCCCAGAGGGCUGCUGAGCAAAUCCCUCCACGAAUACUCCAAGAACUUCAUCGUGUCCCUUGUCCUCGGGAAGGACGUGAUCCCCAGGUUAAGCGUGACCAACUUGGAAGAUCUGAAGAAUAGAAUCUUACGGGUGAUCGCACACUGUAACAAGCCCAAGUACAAGAUCUUGCUGCACGGGUGCUGGUAUGAGCUGUUUGGAGGGGACCCCGACAGCUUUCCGACGGAGCUGGACGGGGGCGAGCAGGGGGACCUCACGCGGCCUCUCCUGGGGCAGCAGAGCCUGCUGGCACACUGGUCCCCGGCCUACAGCUGCUCCGACGAGUCCCCCCUGCACUCCCCGUCCAAGUACCCCCCGCUGUACCCCCCCGGCAGGAUCAUCCACCUGGAGGAAGAGGGUCCUUCGGGCAGGUUUUGCUGUUCUGCUUCACACUACACUGCCAAGUGGUCACACGAGUCAGAAUUCAGCAGGAUCCUCAUAGGCCCCAAGAUGCUGACGGACCACAUGCCAGAUGUUCUGAUGCGAGCGCUGGACCGCGUGGUCUCGGACAGAGCGGCCUGCGUUUCCUGCCUGGCUCAGGGAGCUGCUGCCAGGGACGCGGUGUAG